ACUCCUUACUGACACAAAUGUCUCCUAAGAAAUUGAUCUUCAUUCCUGGUGAAGAUCAUGGAGACAAGGGAUCCCAGACAACACCUACAUUCUGGAGUUUGGAUUUCCCGCAUGAGUACAAGGAGAUACUGGUCCAGUUACACGUUGCAGCUGGGAGUGGGGUAGGGGUUUCAGGGACCUAUACAGAGCAGACAGAAGCCUGGGACAGAGGCUCAGUCUUCUUGCAUCACAGCUGCAAUUGGGGGUGCUCAAGGGAGGGGCAGGGCCUCCCACAGAGGUUUUUGUAUGAGCCUGUGUCACAGUGUGGUGUGUUCGGCGGAGGGACCCAUCUGACCGUCCUAGGUCAGCCCAAGUCUGCACCCUCAGUCACUCUGUUCCCACCCUCCUCUGAGGAGCUCAGCACCAACAAGGCCACACUGGUGUGUCUGGUCAGUGACUUCUACCCUGGAGCCGUGACAGUGGCCUGGAAGGAGAAUGGCAGCCCUGUGUCCCAGGGUGUGGAGACCACCAAGCCCUCCAAACAGAGCAACAACAAGUAUGCGGCCAGCAGCUACCUGAGCAUGUCAGCCAGCAAGUGGAAGUCUGCCAGCCAGUUCAGCUGCCACGUGACGCACGAUGGCACCACUGUGGACAAGACAGUGGUCCCCUCGGAGUGUUCCUAGGACUCUGAGCUCUCACAUUCUGGGUCUCUGCUUACUCAGAUCUCCCAUUUGCCACCUCUCCACUGUACCCCUGGGACUGCCACCCCUGUCUGCUCAGACUGGGCUGGUUUCAAAGCCUCCCCAUUUCCACUUUUUCUCAAUAAAACCCUGGUCAUUUA